UUACGUCGUUUGCGCUGAUUGACACUAAUUAAUUAAUUUAGCAUUUGGCACAUUUGUCAUUUAUAUACACACAAUUUACAUUGAUUAUUGUAAUAAAAAACGGACGCAAAAAUGUUAUUCAGACGUUUUAAAAACUGCAUAAAACUGAACAAGUAUCAAACUCGUACAUGUUGUUCUUCGGUAGAAGAACCCAAAGGCCCUUCUGUCAAAACGCCAAUACCUGGCCCCAAUUCCAAAAAACUCCAAGGAGAGUUGCACAAAAUACAUUAUUCAGAAACAAUCCAGCUGUUUAUUAAUUACGUAAAAUCAAUUGGAAAUUAUUUGGUCGACGCCGACGGCAAUGUUAUCUUGGACACCUACACCCAAAUAUCCGCAGCCCCCUUAGGCUACAACCACCCCGAAUUACUCAAAGUGUUCAAAAACGACGACAAUCUUAAACGUUUAAUUAACAGACCCGCUCUUGGGUUAUUCCCCGGAGACGAUUAUCCCGAAAGAGUGAAAAAUGUGUUCAGUCAAAUUGCGCCCUGUUUGCCCAAAAUCUACCUCAUGAUGUGCGGGGCGUGUGCCAACGAAAACGCCUUCAAACACAUGUUUGUGAGCUACCAGCUCAAAAAACGAGGCGGCCGCCCCUUUACCGAAGAAGAGAAAACUUCCGCCGUGCUUAACAAACCCCCAGGUUGUCCCAACUUAACAAUACUGUCGUUCCACAACGCUUUUCUCGGCCGGACUUUUGCCUGUUUGGCCGCAACGCACUCGAAAUUUAUCCAAAAGGUUGACCUCCCGUCCAUCGAUUGGCCCGCUGCGCAUUUUCCAAUAUACAAGUAUCCUUUAGAGGAAAAUAUGCGGGAAAAUAAGGAAGAAGACAGGAAAUGUUUGGCCGAAGUUGAGGACUUGAUGGCGAAGUAUGAGAAGAAAGGAACACCGGUUGCUGGAGUAGUCGUCGAGCCUUUACAAUCAGAAGCGGGGAAUUACGAAGCAUCCCCGAAAUUUUUCCAACAAUUACAAAAAAUCGUGAAGAAGAACAACGCGUAUUUGUUGUUCGAUGAAGUGCAAACGGGGGGCGGAGCCUCGGGGAAGUUUUGGUUUCACGAACAUUUUGACCUAGAGACGCCGCCCGAUGUAAUCACUUUUGCGAAAAAAUUUCAACUUGGGGGUUACUUCCAUUCGGAGGAGUUGACGCCGGAUGUGCCUUAUCGUAUUUUCAACACCUGGAUGGGAGAUCCGGGGAAACUUAUGUUACUUGAAGUGAUUAUUAAAGUCAUGAGGGAGCAAAAUCUUUUAGAGACUGUACAAAAAGCCGGAAAAAGACUCAAGUGUGGUCUCCACCAGUUCGAAAGUGAAUUUCCUAAUUUAGUGUAUUCAGUACGAGGGGUUGGAACUCUUCUUGCCUUCGAUGCCAAAGAUGAAAACAUGAGAAAUGAAUUUAUGAAGAAACUGCUAAAUAAAGGUGUCCUGGUUGGGAAUUGUGGUUACAAAGGCAUUAGGUUUCGGCCCGCUUUAACUUUCGACGAAAGCCACGUCGAUAUAUUUUUAGACAAGUUCAGAGAAGUAUUGAAAGAAAUUAAUAAUGAUUGUGUACGUUUGUAAGAAAUAAAGUACCCACAAUUAUUGUAA